GGAGAGCAGCAUCCCGCCGCGCGGCGGCGCGUGAACAGGAUAUCCGCGCCUCUAACCCGGAAGUCGGGCUCCAGGGCUCCAGCACUUAGUCGGCACAUUAGGAUGUGAUGUCGCCUGCGUUUCGCGGCACAUUUACGCUUGGAAAUAGGGGCCGUACAUGACAUCAGAUAGGCGACUAUUCGAUACAGAAACGCGAUAAAAAGCAGACAAAGGCGCAGCCGACGAGCCAGCAUUUUAUAGCAGUCGCCUGAUCUAGCCGUUUUACCAGGUCGUGUUUUACACCGGUUUGCUGCUCUUGAGUACCGGGAAUAUAUCGACCGAUUAAGGUAGACCGUGAUUCGAUGCCUGAUCAAGGCCCUAGGAUGAAUGGUUUCUCCAUCGGCGAACUGUGCUGGCUCUUCUGCUGCCCCCCGUGCCCGAGCCGCAUCGCGGCGAAACUCGCCUUUCUGCCACCGGAGCCCACGUACUCAGUACAGACGGACGCCAACGGCACCACCACCCUCCAUUUAACGGAGCGGGCGGACUGGCAGUACUCCCAGCGAGAACUGGACGCCGUCGAGGUGUUCGAUACCAGGACGAGUCGGGGUAACCGUGUGGGCUGCAUGUUCGUGCGCUGCGCCCCCAACAGCCGCUACACCCUGCUGUUUUCCCACGGCAACGCUGUGGACCUCGGCCAGAUGUGCGGUUUCUACAUCGGUCUAGGGUCGCGGAUCAACUGCAAUAUCUUUUCGUACGAUUACUCUGGGUACGGCGUUAGCAGUGGGAAGCCCUCCGAAAAGAACCUGUAUGCCGACAUUGAGGCCGCCUGGCAGGUCCUGAGGACGAAGUAAGUGCCUCAGAUCAUUUAUAUUCCUUUGGUCUCUCUAACCGGUGGUAACCCGCAGACGCGAAGCUCCGAUUGGUGACAUUUUCUAUGUUGGGCUGCGUCCUCCUUUGUUAAACACUUCCCGUGGUCAUCCAGUGAAAUUCACUCGUCCAGAUCCAACGUCUUCACCCGUGAAACGAUUUAAGUCGGUGUUGUAGUACCUCUGGUGUGGAGGACAUGAUCCUUGAUCACGUUAACCCGCCCCGAAGCAGGUUCGGAUAAUCCGUCAGUAUUCACUAACAGCCAUGUCGGGUUUCUCUCAUGAGACCCCGGUAUGUCCUGGAAAAUGACUGUGCGGACUGCAGCGUCUGUCCGGACACGACGCCCUGUCCCCGCUGGCAGGGGCCCCAGCGUGGUGCCUGCAGCCUGGGUGCAUCGGGUCUGCAUUAUUCCAUAGGUGCCCCUCCCCAGUCCCUUAAUGCUGUACCUGUCCCAGAAGAGUGUGUGUAGUUCCAAAUCAAUGUCAGAUAAUGUUUAUGAACUCCUAAUAUGUUACAGUAAUGGGUUGCAAUAUGUGCUUUUUAUCUGUCUCUCUGCUCUUUGAUUUGGUUUCUAGAGCUGUAUUACUGUGCUAUUACUAUACUGUUCUUUUUCAGAUGAGUCGUUAACCACGUCAUUUUCUCGUGUAUCAUCCAGGCCUGCUUAGGAUGAUAGGGUGCCACAGCCCCCUUUUUAACUUCAUGGCGUUUGCUGUUCUGAUAGCUUAUGGUAGCAGAAUUCCUGUGCUGCUGGGUAUUAACAUCUCCUGCCCUUGUGUGCUAUUUUAGGGAUGUUUGUGACUUAAACAGCGAAGUACUGUAAUUGUAAUUGUGACCUGUUGCAAUAACAGCUGGCCCUUGAUGUUUUUUUUUUCUUGUUGAAAACCCAUCCAUGAAUUGGAAAUGUUUUCCUCUAGUUUUUUAUUGUUUCUGCAACCAGGGUAAAUCCAGUAUCUUGCCAAGUGAACCAUUCCUUUGUCAGAGGCACUGGGAAGCCUUGAAAUGAUCAGUCAUCACCUGCAACCAACUGGGCCAAAGCAUUUGAAUUAAUUAGACACUAAUAGCCCAUGCGGGGCGCCAACGUGUGCGGCUGGAUGGGCUAUGAUCCCAAAUUCUAAUCCAGAAGUCUUAACAUUCCUGGAGAGUGCCAGCUGAGCACUGGAAGCGUCUUCAAAGUGUCAAACUCCUCCUACGAGUUUCCAUUGAUCAAGCUUUGUUCAGAGGUAUCACCAAGGGGAGCCGCUGCCCACACUUGGUGGUGCUGUUCAGGCCUUGCAUGCAUAUAGAGGAUGGUACGAUAUCUGCUGAGCCGUCGGUGCUGUGAUCGCGGCGACUGCCCCUGCAGGAUUGUAAGUGUCUGAUAGUUAAGCCUUGAAUUGCACGAGUAAGCUAUUUCAAAUUCUUUGUUAGGGCUGUAAAGACCAGAGAGUGAUUUGUUUUUUUCCUAUUCAGUUUUGCCAGUGUCUAUGGCCUUGAGUCUGAUGCUUUGUAUUGGUGCAGUCUGUUCAUUUGAAUUCUCUCUGUGUUCCUACAUUUCCACGUAACCUCUACCAUCCUUAUCAUGCACCUGAUGUCAUCUAGGGCUGGGCUGUACAUGGAAUUUUUACAUAUAUUGAUAUACUUUCAAAAUGAAAUAUAGGACAAUGCAAUAGCCUUUAUAUCAAAAUACUUUUGUAUGUUAAAAUUAGGGCUCAAAGAUUUUUAGUAGCAAUAGUAUUCCUUCCUGAUUAUAAACAAUGCUAGAGCUUCCGUCGUGACGUUCCACAGACUCUCAGAAUCCACAACUGAAAUCAUUUCGUUUCAAAACACUGACAAAAGGCACAUAGGUUAAAAAUAUUGUAACAUGCAAUAUUUGUUUUAUUUUAUGUGUGAUGACUUUGUUUCCAGGUAAGCAUACUUUAAAAUAUAGAUUUUACAUUUAAGAUUUUUCCUAAACAUUCACCUUCUGUUUUAAGAAGAAUGUCAAGGCUGCUUUACUGAACCCCUGCAACAUGGAUGUAGGCCUAGGCUUAAUUAAAUUUUUGUCUUUAUUUUGAGACUUCUGUUUGCAAUAAUGAAAAUAUCUAUACUGAAUAGUUAGUUGUAUGUUUGCAAACAGGGAAGGAAACCCUAAAUUUCCAUUUCAUUUUGAAUGCAAUGUUUUUAAUAAGUGUGACAUCUCGCAUUCACUUAAAAUUAAACAUUUAGCCGCACGCACGCACACACGCACACACACACAUGCCAGAGCCCCAUGGACUCCUGGGAUUUAGGAUUUACUGUGACAAAUGAGCUAAUGUGAAUGUAACUGCAAAGCCUUCACCAAACAGUCUGGUCUGCCUUUCAUGUGAAUUGUUCAUUACAUUUUGAGAGGCCAUUUUCUUUUGAGUGGCACUGUAUUGAAGUAUUUAAUGCGAGGAUUCGUCCGUUCUUUCUUUCCCCAUUACUGCCGUGUCCUUAUGCCGAAGGCCAAAUAAGCCUCGUAGAACAGUUUCCUGCUUCUGCAAAAUGAAAGAAAUGUACUUUUCCCUCAGAUUUUCCCUCCGCCGUGUCCCUCUGCCCCCCGCAGUCACCGUAUCAUUGGCCAGCAUGCCCGUUCUCCCCGUGUGACUAAGCUAAAAUCGUGGUACUUCCUUACAUGUCUUUAAGUAUCUCCUGCUUCCUUGUUCCUGCUCACAUGUACAGUUUCAUGGUCGCAUGCUAAAUGCUUAUAGUAAGUAGUGGUAGGAGAUGUGGUUGUUUUAUAUCGUGGUGAUCUCUGGUGACAGAUGCAGUAGAUUUCUCUCUAACACCAAAUAUAGAAGGCCAGGAAAUGUAAUGGGAAGGCCUCAUUGAGAGAAAAUCCUAGAUAAGCCCCGGCAGCUGCUGAAUACUGUAGAUGUUUACUGUAUCUGUCAAUUAGAUAAUUUACCCUAAUGGUAUUUAGCUGCCGCUUCCUGUUACCCAGCAUUCUUGGCCCUGCAUUCCCACUACGGCCCUAUUUGCAGUCGUCUCAUGAUGUAUCCUGACCCUGAGCUUGACUUUUAUCCACAAUAUUCACUUGGCGGCAUCAAACUAACCUGACCACCAAUGGCAGGUUUUUAACAGGGUGUAUCUUUCUGCAUUACUGCACCCUAAUUUUCCAUUUUAACCAACUGAUAUGUAUCCUGUAGCUUUAAGGGAGGAGGUCGCCCGGUUGAUAUUACCCUCAUCUCGUGAGAAGCGACUCUGUGCCUUUACCCUCGCUGUCGUUUUGGCUUCACACCCCUGGCAGAUGGGGUCCGGCCCAUAACGGCUCCCAUCGGGCACGGAGCGUUUGGCUGGCGCAGACCUCCAGUCUGAAUGUGUCGCCGUGGUUCUGAAUAUGAGCUCUGGUCAGAAGCGAGCUCUGCUCCCUCCUCCUCCUGUGGGUUCUGGCGAGACGUUUAAACUGCCUUCCCUCUCAUGAAAGGGCAAGGGGAGAGCCAGAGAGACAGCAGGUGUCUGGCCUGCAACGAGCAGAGUGUCUUGUUUCUUGGUGACUCUGCUGGGUUUGUUUGGAGGAAGUACAGUAACUCUGAUUGCUGUAUCCAGUAGUCUGGGAGUCAGCUCCACCUCCUCGUCUGAGGAGCUAUGAGAGAAUGCCCCGUGGCACCAGGGCUCGUCUGUGCCGGAAACAAUGCCAGUGUCAGUGAGCGCGUGUCAGAAUUCUAAAUAUGUGGGUGCCACCCUGUCCUGGAAAGUCCCUGUAUCUUGUUUUAAUUAAAACUGCUUCCAGCUAUAGACAGGUUAGGUAACUGAAGAUUAGUAUGAGUCGUAAUUAAGAUGAAGUCAUUUUAUUUAUGCCCUCAAACAAAAUAAUUAAAUCAGCUUUUGAUCCCUAUUAAUUUUCAGAUGUCUGACUUUUUAACUGUGUGGACACAUCUGAGCUUCUCAAAAGGCUGGUGUACCUUAUAUUUAAAUAAGCGUGGGAUGUAAAUAAGCCUGAUGUACAGCUAUGUAUGUUGCAAAUAUUGGUUAGAAGAUCCAGUAAAGUCUAUCUGUAAAGAAAGCGACUGGAGUUCAUAGUUGGGAGCUUAUUUUCGAAGGUCUUCGGCAUUGUUUUGGAAGGGCAGGUACUGCUGUGUCGCGCAGCUUAGUCUGCAAAGGAGGUGCGUGCAGGAGGCAUUGAGGAGGGCUGGGGGUAGAGCCCCCCAAAUGAUACUGAUACCCAGGAGACUGGCUCUUUUUUAAAUAGCGUCCUAACAUAGCGCAAAGUGACAAGAAGUCUGUCUGCCGCACAGCCAAGCUUCCUUGUUAUAAGAUGCAUCACCGUGUCUUUCAGGGAGCCUGAGUCCACCUUCAGCCUGUAUGUACGCCUCAGUGUCCCCUGGCUGCUCACAGCUAGUUGGGAUUCAUUUCCUUUUAUCUGGAGUUUCUUAUGUCAUGCUUUCACAUCUCUGCACUUGUCAUGUCAGUCACAUGCCUUUUUUGAUGAGCUCAGCGGUAGUUGCUUCGAUGGACCUGGGUUUGAAGUUCCACUCACUAGUAGAGCUGUGUGAUAUGACCUCAAAUUAAUAUCACGAUUAAUUGAACAUUUUAUCUCGAUUAUGAUUAUUGGACGAUUAUUGUGGGGCUUUUUUUUGCUUGGUUUUUGCCCUCACGUCAUUAAGAUUUGUACUGUAAAUAUGCUCAACUAUUAAAGCUGGGAUAUUUUCUCUAAUGGAAGACUAUAUCUUUAUGACACGAAUGAACCAUUUAUGGUUAUUCAUUGAAUAUUUCAAACAACUGAAAUCAAAGCACUAAUCGCUUGAAUUGAAAAUGUCUUGUAAAGAAGGUCACAUUUUAGGUCCCUAAAGUAGAAAAUGGUUUGCAUUUCUUGCAAACAAAAUAAACUUUAUAGUGAUCACAUCUGUCUGGGUGAAAUUGAUCGUUAUAAGCGGAUGAUCAUUAACCGAUUUAAAAAAAAAAAUAAAAAAAUUUCUUCCCCCUCUGUCUCAGGCAGAUUACAAUCUAAUUGACAUUUGUAUAUUUAUUGCAUGAAUAUAAGGUAAUAAGACGAUGAGCGUCACUGGUUAAUUUUUUGACGAUUUCAAAAUAUAAAUUUUCAAAUUAGUGCCGUACAUGUUCAAUUUCUGAACUGUGUAUAAUUCAAAUACAAUAUACAGUGCAGUACUGUACAUAAAAUAUCUUAUUGUAGUUUCACAGUGGCUCUUUUUUUGGCAGUUUAUCAACUUUGAGUAUAUUUGUAAUUGAGAGAAAAUGACUUUCUUUUGCUCGUCAUGUUUUCUGUGCGUGCAGCAUUAGCCUCAGGUAGAAUUACCACAUAGUUUAAAAUUUUUCCGUAUAAUAAUAAUAAUAAUAAUAAUAAUAUAAUAAUAAUCAUAAUUGAUACUUUAUUAUAUAUAAAACGACGUUGUGUCCAAACGACGGACAUGGCGUUUUUCUUUGGCACAAGCUGCUGGAGUUGCUCAGUGGGCUCGGUGUUUGAGUUCUCCUCCAUGCUGCUUCUAUGUCGCAGACUGGAUGGGGCGGAGUCAUGUGACAGCAGGCGUGGUAGUAUGUUUUUAAGGGGACAGCACAUGAACACACUGGGGAAAGUAUGAACAGGAAAAAAAAAAACAAAGUAACUGACAUGGGCAAGAUUACGUCAAUUAGAGGUUCUGAAUUUCUGUUUUAAUAUUCAAUUAAUUGCCCAACCUUACUCAUGGGCACUGGACUACUGUCCUGUUGGGUAUCCUGUCAUCAGUGCUGCAGCUAUUCAGACCUUAUGGAAUUUUGACUAUUUUACUCUCAGUUGACUGUUAAACUAUACUUGAUGAACGAAGGAGUUUCUGUUCAGGUAGUAUUCCUGCAAUGGCUCUGAAUGUUGUGGCUUUGCUGGUUUCCUGUGACUCUGUACCUUGUUCCAUGUCGCCUUCUCUGUGACGAUGGGAGAAUGACAGCCUUCCUUUGUGCCCUUUGGUGUUUUUCCGGAACUCGCUCUGCAGCUGACCUGGAAUGUCACAGCUGAGUUUCUCACUUUACCUGGUUUUCAGUACGCCGGUUUUGUCAAAGCGCGUUCUUUGUGAUCGCCUUUCCUCAUGAAUGCUCCUUGCUUGCAGGCCAGGGGUUACACCGUGUUCCGUUAGCUGUAGUAGCAAGCACUGUGGAUCUGCAGUAUUUGAAAUCUUGUCAUUAGAGAGAACCACAAAGACACACUGGUUAGAAGCUGUCCCAUCAAUUUCUUUUCUACCCUUGUGCACUUCAUUUGAAUGGAAGCCCAUCCAUCCAUCCAUCCAUCCAUUUUCCAACCCGUCCUCCUAAUGGGUCGCGGGGGGUCCAGAGCCUAUCCCGGAAGCAAUGGGCAUGA